CUCGAGUCUCUAUUGAUUGCGGCGCAGGUUUGGCAGGUACAAAGCGCCUCAAGUGGCUUUGUCUCUUUGUUCGUGCUUAGUUUGAGUAUUUAUAAUUCACUCAUUGCUGCCUUUUUUUCAGUUCGCGAUGUUUUCCACAAAGCCUGCAGGUAACUCCGCGGGCCUGUCCCUCAAUACAGGUUCAUCCAACCUCUUUGGCGGCGCCUCCAACACACAAACUACCUCUGCAACUACGCCGGGAACGACGAGCACUUCCGGAGGCUUAUUUGGCAACCUAGGAAAUACGGCGUCGCAAGCAAAGCCAGCUAGCGGUGGACUCUUCGGGAACUUGGGCAGUGGGACUACACAGCAACCUCAGCCUUCCGGAUCGAAUAUGUUCAGCAAUCAACAGCAAACAGCCGGUGCUACUGGAGGCGGCUUAUUUGGCAACACGGCGGCUACUGCUACCUCACAACCCCAAACUGGCGGGCUGUUUGGGGGAACCACAGGUACCACCAACACGGCACAAAGCGGAAAUACCGGCGGAGGACUGUUCGGCAAUCUAGGAGGUGCCUCGACUACUCAAACUCAGCCCAAGCCGCUCUUUGGCGGCACUACUACAACCACCCCAACUCCUGCUGGCGGAGGUCUGUUCGGCGCCGCCACUCAGAACACCGCACAGCAACCUCAAGCUCAGAAACCCACACUUGGUUUGUUUGGAGGCCAAAGCACCACUACACAACAACCAGCACAGCUUGGAGGCACUACGGUGAUCCCCGGGGUCAAGGUCGAUGUCAGCAACAUCCUUCCUACAACUAAGUAUGAAAGCUGUGCCGAUGAGAUCAAGUCGGAGCUAGAGAAGUUCGACAAUUACGUGCUCGGCCAGAUUAAAUUAUGCAACGAAGUCUCAAAUAUGAUUCCCACCAUUGUGACGCAGGGACAGACCAUCCCACACGAUGUGGAUUUUGUUCAGGGGAAGCUCGAGACCAUGCAGCAUGCCCUGGAAAAUGAUGCCAGGGAAAUCGAUCAGCUGCGCAGCCUUGUGUCGCGCGAUGCGGCCGAGGCGCAAGUGGCCUUCCGCGCCAUUGAUACCCUGAAGCUACCCCUGCAGUAUCAGUCGACUGGUGGUGCUGGUUGGUGGACCCCCCAGAACCAAAAGGCCGAUGGACAGACCCUCCGCUCGACGCGCAAGAACACCUUGGCCCUUCCAGAUGAUGUUGAGGGUGAUCCUGCCACCGCCACCAGUGUGAACGGGGUGCCGGUGAAUCUGGUAGAUUAUUUCUCUCAACGUUCUGAUGAGAUGGGAGAUGUUCUCGACCGCUACACCCGAAGCCUAAGGGAGAUUGAGGACCAUCUCCACGGGGUGGAGGCUACUCUGGAACGACAGAUUCAUGACUUUGUGGCAUCCCGCAGUCGCGAGGGUACGGCGUCCGGAACUCCGAAAUCCAUCGUCAACGAUUUGGCUACGGUUCUUGGCGAUGUGGAGGCUGGUAUAUUGGGCGUCGCUGGACGCCUCGGCGGAGUGACCGAGCAGGUGCAGGAAGUGGUCCUGGGCCCUCCCUCGAUUGCCGACGGCAGGCUCAAUCUGUGAGGGAAAGAGCUUUGUUCAAAACAUACUUAAACCGUCGGCGCUGAGACUUUGCUCUUUCAUUGUACACUAUAAUGUUCUUGGCGAGGGUGAAAAGCAAGGAAGGCGGGCACUUUUGUUUGUUUGGGUUAGCAUGGUUAUAACAAGGAGUUUGUUCUGUGAUGACAUUUAGGGCCACGGGCGCGCCAAUAUAUUAUUAUUAUGAAAU